AGUACACACAAGUUGGAGAAAUUGAAUUGGAGAAAGAGCAAGGAAUAAUUAAUGUGAAACAGAGGAGUGGUUUUUGAAUUUCAAAAUAAAUGAGUGGGUUCACAUGAGGGAUUUUCAGAAGCAAUAAUCAGAGAGAGAGAUUUUGCAGUGCGUGGUUGAACGUUAAUUUGAAGAUGAGUAGCAAAGGAAAAGAGGAAGAGGGGAUUAAGAGGGUUAUGAUCCAUGGAGGUCGAUACGUGCAAUACAACGUUUAUGGAAACUUGUUCGAGCUACCCUCCAAGUUUGUUCCUCCUCUUCGUCCCAUCGGAAGGGGCGCAUACGGCAUCGUUUGUGCUGCUGUUAAUUGUGAUACGCAUGAGGAAGUUGCCAUAAAGAAGAUUGGUAACGCCUUUGACAACAUCAUUGACGCUAAACGGACUUUGAGGGAGAUUAAGCUCCUUCGCCACAUGGACCAUGAAAAUAUAAUUGCUGUUAGGGAUAUCAUACGACCUCCAAGAAAGGAUACCUUCAAUGAUGUUUACAUUGUGUAUGAAUUGAUGGACACUGACCUUCACCACAUUAUUCGUUCUGACCAACCUCUGAACGAUGACCAUUGUCAGUACUUUUUGUAUCAACUGUUACGGGGGCUGAAAUAUGUGCACUCUGCUAAUGUCUUGCACCGAGAUCUUAAGCCCAGUAAUUUGCUUCUGAAUGCGAACUGUGACCUUAAAAUUGCUGACUUUGGUUUGGCAAGGAUAACAUCCGAAACGGAUUUCAUGACGGAGUAUGUGGUAACCCGGUGGUACCGUGCCCCGGAAUUGCUCCUCAAUUGUUCGGAGUACACCUCUGCAAUUGACGUUUGGUCUGUUGGUUGCAUAUUUGGUGAAAUUUUGACCAGGGAACCCUUGUUUCCUGGGAAAGAUUAUGUUCAUCAACUAAGGCUUAUAACGGAGUUAUUAGGUUCACCAGAUGAUGCCAGUCUUGCAUUUCUCCGAAGUGAAAAUGCUAAAAGAUAUAUUCGGCAGCUUCCCCGUUAUAGGAAGCAAAAUUUCUCGGCUAGAUUCCCAAGUAUGUCUCCUGAGGCAUUGGAUUUACUGGAGAAGAUGCUUGUCUUUGAUCCCAACAAACGCAUUACAGUUGAUGAAGCACUGAGUCACCCGUAUCUUUCAUCACUUCAUGACAUCAAUGAUGAACCAGUUGGUCCUGGGCAAUUCAAUUUUGAUUUUGAGCAGCCAACAUGCAGUGAAGAGCACAUCAAGGAGCUCAUCUGGAGGGAAUCAGUGAAAUUCAAUCCUGAUCCACCCAGUCAGUAAUUCUUUCUUGAACAAGUGAUUCAUAUGAUACAAUGUGACCAGAUCAAGAGGGAAACAAAGAGAAAUGAUGGGGGUGUAACGUGUGAAAUUAGUAUUUCAUCACUAUUCCUUCUUAUUAGGAUAAAUGUACCAUGAUACACCUUUUCACUUAAAUACAGUGUCUGUCGUCCACUAUUCAGAUUAGUUGUUAUGUACAGAAAUUCAGGAUACAAACCAAAAUGAGUAAUGAUUAGAAAUCAAUUGUCAGGGUUUAGGAAAACAAUUAAGAUGUGAGUCUGUCAUGGAGCCUUUUGCUUAUUAUUUAUCAUUAAUUUUUUGUUCUGGUUUAAAUGUUUGGAUCUAGCACCAUAGUGUGUAUUGUUGUUUCAUGGCUACGCUAGUUCAAUAUACCAGAGUUCUAUAUUCCUGUUA